AUGUCAGACGCCGAGGCAGCAGGAUCGCGGACACGACCCCCGCGCGACUCUCCACCACCACAGCAGCAGCAGCACAGGCGAAGUCGCAGUCGUUCGCCGCGGAGGCACGAGGACAGAGAUCGCAGUGACAGGAGGGAGGAUAGGCCGCGGCCCAAGAAGAAGAACUUUGGAGGUUUCGCGUACAAGGACAAGCGCCGCGACGACCAGGACCGAAGCCGGGACGACAGAGACGACGACCGCCGCGGCGGCGGAGGCGGUGGCUCCUUUAGAGGGUACCGGGAUCGAUCGAGGUCGCCACGGCGCCGACCUAGAGACGAUAAUGACGAUCGUCGUCGGGAUGGUGGUAGAGGUGGCAGCAACUACAGAGAUGGCGGUCGAAGAGAGGGUGGCGGCGGCGGCUCGAGACGUGACAGGGAGGACACGUCAAAGCCGCCCAAGCGAGCAGCGCCCAAGCAAACGGUGCCCGUCGAGGGCUUCAUUGUCGUCUACGUCAAUGACAGACUGGGAACUAAAGAGGCGAUCCCGUGUCUACCCUCUGAUACGGUCGGCCAGUUCAAGAUCCUCGUUGCCUCGCGUAUUGGCCGCAAGCCCGAGGAGAUCAAGCUGCAGAAGCAGGGCGAGCGCCCUCUCAAGGAUAUGAUCACGCUUGCCGACUACGAGAUCUCGAAUGGCAGGCAGCUGGACCUUGAGGUUGGAACCAACGAUUAA